GCGGAAUGUCUGGAAAGGGCCAUUGUUCGGGUCGAUCAAUCGCUUUGACAUGGAUGUUGUAGCAGGCAGUGGCUACAAGAACCUUGACAAGCCUACCUCUAGAUUUGCCUGGGGGCUGUAUGACUCGGAUAAAUUGCCAACUCGUUUGGUCUGGUCUUGGUCCCAAAGCCCCUAUGCUGCCUUCGAAUUGAUUCUGUGGCCAUUCCUUGAACACUCCAUUGUUCAGUGUACACCGACAACGGCCAUGGAAAGCCGGCGGAAUGCGAUCGUUAUUCCAGAAGUCAUAUUCGCCAUUCUGACCGGAUCUAUUGUACUGUGGAGGAUUAUCAACAAUGUGGUCUUGAAGAGGUUGUUCAGACUCGCGGACCUGCUCAUAUUCUUGGCCNUUGGUAAUCCUUAUGUGAGCAAUCUCGUAGCGCUGUCAUGUAGUUCGCUAUCGACACAAUAUGGCCUGGGAAGACACAUCUACGACCCAUCAAUUACGCCUGGCAUGCUUGAAACUUGUCUGCGAUGGAUCUGGAUCGGAGAAGCAACAAAUCUGAUCGCUAUGCUCUUCGCCAAACUCAGCAUUGCUUCCCNNUUCCUCUUGUAUCUAGACUUUGCACCUGGAUACAAGAUAGCCAUGUGGAUCACAGUCGGUAUUGUCCUUGUCUGCAAUGGAGCUGUGGCUUUAACAUCGAUUUUCGGAGCUUGUAACCCAAUAUCCCUGAACUGGAACAGGAAUCAGCCAGGCCAAUGCUGGGACCCUUUCGUAAACAAGAUAUGUACUUAUGUUCAGAGUGGCUCAAACAUCGUGACCGACAUAUUAUAUACGUCGGUGCCCAUUUUCUACCNNCUCUCGACAGUGAAACUGGGUGCGAACGUUCAGUGGGGUUUGCGUAUUGUUCUGUUGUUUGGACUGAUGUAUGUUCUCUCGGCUGCGUCUUUCGAACAUGAUGCUAAUGAUGAUCAGCNNGCGACGGUCUGCUCGGUUGUGAAGAUCGCGGUUGCUGGAAAAAUGUUCAAUACGCACGACGCUACANUGUAUGUUCCAGCGAAGCAUAUCGAUGAAAGUGUACUGACAGGUCUACCAGGGGAUGCCGUCGAUCUAUCUAUCUGGAGCACAGCAGAGGUCAACGUAUGCAUUGUUGCAGCCUGCCUGCCUCCGCUGAGAAGCCAAUUCGACUCUUUCCUGAGACGCUUCUUCGGUCUGGCGUUCUCUCGAUCGACGACUCGCAGUCGCCAGACAUACGGUUCGCAUUCGAUUGCACUUCAAACACAAAGCAAGUCCCACCGAACCGUCAUCGAGGUCGAAGCUCAAGACUUUGGAAGCGAACGUUCGAUUCUCCCGCCUGACGAUGUAGAAGAUGGAAUCAUAAGGAAGACACGACAGGUGCAGGUCAAAUAUGAGGAGCACGAACAGGAUACACCAUACUCGCCGAAUCCAUCAUACGAUGGCCGACAG